AUGACCUCGACUCAUAAGUCUUGGAUCCGCCACUUUCAUGUUUGCCUCAUUCAACCUCUGAGGGGCCUCACCUCGGACAUGGGGCGCUUCCACUACCUAUUGGGCACCGUGCUCUUAUUUAUCUGUUCCUUUCUGUGGGUUGGCUCAAGUCUGCGAAGAGAGCCAGGACCAUCAAGAAUCUCCCUCGCCUACGGCUCGUGUCCAUGCGCCGACGAUCGUGAAAAGGUUACUGCGCCAGAGCCUACCAGUGCGGUGCAAUUACCAGAUCCCACACCAGAAGUCACGCCGCCAACACCAACACCAUCAAGCUACCUGCCAGUCAUCAAUUCGCACGACAAUGUACAAUCCGCAUUCCCGUUGAAGCUCUGGCAGAAGGCGGGAUCAAAGGGCAUCGGUCCGGACCGAUCGAACGAUAUUCAAAGCUGGUUGAAGAAGAACCCAUACCUGCGACAUGAGAUCCUCACCGACGGCAGCGCCGACCAGUACGUCCGCGAGAACUUCGCGGAUUUCCCGGAGAUCCGAGACCUCUACCUCUCACUGCCAGUGCCGAUCCUCAAAGCCGACCUGCUCCGACAGCUGAUUCUCUACAAUGAUGGUGGAAUUUGGAGCGACCUCGACGUGACCUGUCACCACCCAAUCGACAUUUGGAUUCCGGAGGAAUACCGGGAUAAAACGAACGUAGUGGUCGGAUUGGAAUUCGAUGGAUCUCAAUUCGCCAGUUGGACAGUCAUGACCAAGCCCCGGACCAGUCACAGCGUGGCGGUGGUCAAAUAUGUCGUUGAGAAGCUACAAGCGUCAGCCGCAGAGCACAAUAUUACCACGGCAGAACUCAACAUGACCAUGAUCUCAGACGUGGUUGAUGUGACUGGUCCGCAAGCCAUGACCGUGGCUUUGUUGCAGAAUCUCGAGAAGGAGAUGGAGAUGCCUAUUGGACGAGCGAAUAUCACCCACAUCAUGCAGCCAACCUUGCUGCAGGAUGUACUUGUGCUGCCCAAUGCGGCUUUUGCUUCCCUGCAGGCUGGACAUCCUGAAGACCGAGGCCCGUAUCUUGUUGAGCAUCAUUAUGCCGGCUCUUGGAAGAAUACGCAGGGUGGAGAAGGGCUGGGACUUGAUUCCGCUUGA